GCAGAUACACCACUCGUUGAUCCACGAGACAGCGGACUACAAGGAAAACAAAUCGCAGUGGCAGACGAAUGAGGAUGAUAAACCAGUUCAUCCACCAAUUUUAUUCCAUGGAGAUAUAACAAGCAAGGCUUUAUUCAGAUAUAUGCCAAUCAUGUUAUACGGAAGGAAGCGAAAUUUAGCGACAUAUGCCUUACUGUACGAGGGAGCCGCUUGCUCUUUGAUUGAAGAAACUCUGGCAGACGAGUUAGGACUAGAUGGCCCGGCCGAAGAACUGUGCUUAAAGUGGACCAGUCAAGUCCAAGUAUGUGAGUGUCGGAGUGUCGUCAAUGUGUCAAGGUGCGACGCGAUUUGAACUCAAGAGUUUGCGCACGGUACGUAAGCUAGACUUGCCUACGUAAACAGUUACCGACGAACUGGUAACAUCGAGAAAGCAUCUACAGUAUUUACCAAAUUUAAGUUACUGUAACGUAAAAGCAAGUUUAAUUAUUGGUCUGGAUAAUUUGAAAGUUUUUGUGCCUUUGGAGUUACGAGAGUCAGAAGGAGAUUGGGCUGGUCUGUGUAUGGCCGGCACAGCGACGCCGCUCCAGCGUCCACACACAUAUUGCACAUAUGUGAGUGCAAUGAAGCGAGCAGCAUGCGCGCUUUGGAUGCGUCAAUGAAAGAAUACUUUGCUAUGGAGUCCUCGGGAACACGUGUGCCAAGCAAGCCAUUAAGAUCGAAAGACGACGAGCGCGCGUUGCAGAUUAUGGAGGCAAUCACAAGUUAUUGCUCGACUGACAAACGUUGGCAAACUGGACUGUUAUGGAGAUCCGACAAAGUAGAUCUACCGGAUUCAUACUCAAUGGCCAUGAGGCGUCUUCAGUGUUUAGAAGCGAAAAUGGCAAAGGACAUCGACCUUAGAAGCUUUAUGUUGGACACUAUGCAAAGCUAUGAAGAAAAGGGAUAUAUCCGGAGAUUAACAGAAAGGGAGCUAAAUAAGGGUAAAAGUUCAUGGUUUCUUCCUAUAUUUACAGUCACUAACCCAAACAAGAACAAGACGAGGCUGGUCUGGGAUGCAGCUGCGAAAGUCAAAUGCACGUCAUUGAACAACGUCUUGCUAAAGGGCCCGGAUACACUGGCAUCUCUAGUUGGCGUGCUAAUACGUUUUCGGGAGCGACCAGUAGCAGUGGCUGGUGACAUAAGUGAGAUGUUUCACCAAGUAAGAGUGCGCCCAGAGGACCAGAUGGCUCAGAAGUUUCUAUGGCGCAGUGGAAAUUCGGCUAAAGCGGCAGAAACGUACGUGAUGCAGGUUAUGACAUUCGGGGCUUCCUGCUCGCCGGCCUUAGCUAAUUACAUAAAGAAUCGGAACGCAGAGCGGUUCAGAAAAGAAUCUCCAAGAGCUGUUGCGGCCAUUUAUAGAAACACGUUUGUCGACGACUGGCUCGAGUCAACAAACACCGAAGACGAGAUGACGGAGUUGGCUAUGGAGGUGCAGAGAAUUCACUUGGAGGGUGGAUUAGACAUGAGGCGCUGGACCUCGACUUCUGCGAGCGUAGUGAGAGCGCUCAAGAACCAAGAAGGAGACGUGCCUAGGGAGGUGGGAUUCCUUGAGAAAACGCAAGAUAAGGUUUUAGGCAUGUGGUGGCUGGUGGAAUUCAAGGCUUUAGAAAGCGCCGAAUCGGAAGCAUUAACGCCGAACCAUUUUCUAAAUGGCAGUUCUAGUCGCCUACGUGAGAGCGGCUCACUGGAGCUGUCUGGUCCGCAACUCACAAAAGGGUAUCGUGUUGCCAGCCAAAUUGCCGACCGUUUCUCGAAGAGGUGGCUAAGAGAGUAUCUACCUACAAUCACAAGGCGCACGAAAUGGUUCCAACCACAGCUCAAGCCGAUAGCAGUAGGUGACGUGGUGAUAAUUGUAGACGAUGCCGCUAAACGUAAUACGUGGCCAAAGUAUAGAGUGAUCGACGUUCAUCGUGGGAAAGACGGACAGGUGCGAAGCGCAGUCGUUCGCACAGUAGAUGGACUUGUGACGCGACCAACAGUGAAGCUGGCCGUACUGAAUUUGGAGAGUAAUCCACCGCACGAAGACGUUGGUGAAUUACGGGGUUUGGAAUGUUGCGGUGCAGAAUUAAUUGCCGCACUGCGCCAGUAGAAAGGCUUAUCCAACGCGCCCCUGGUUUUUAUUCCCUCUUAUUCGAAGAAGAACAGUUAGAAUUUACUUUGUCUUUGCUUGCACUGGUGACAGAGCGGCGACCCGCUAUGACGGCGCGCUAGUCACAAAAAACUAGGCAAGCAGGAAAGACGUGAAAAGGAGAGAAAAACACAAAUAUUUCAGCCAACCGAUCUAACCGAUCGAUGUGCCCAAAAAUUGUGCAACUGAAUAUACCGCAAUA